AUGAGCUAUAAAGGCUUAUUAGUUAAAGUAGCAUUACCUUAUGCUGAAGCAUUAUUAGAAUCUGCUAAAGAUUCAAAUGCAGUUACAAAAACUAAUCAGGAUCUAUCUUUAAUUUUUGAUAUACUAUCACAAUCUACAGAUUUAAAAUUUUUUUUAGAAAAUCCAUUAAUUACAUUAGUAGCAAAAAAAAAUGUCCUUAAUCAAUUAUUUUUAAAUCAAGUUGACUAUUUUGUUCUAAAAUUUUUAUUAGUACUUAUAGAUCGUCGUAGAAUUGCCUUAUUGAGUGUAAUUAUUGAAAAAUAUUUAGAUUUAGCUUAUAAACUAGAUUCAACAAUUAUAGCUGAAGAAUCAACAGCAACAGCUUUUACAGAAUUACAGCAGAGUAAUAUUAUUCAAAAGAUCAAAGAACUUACUAAUAGUAAAAAGGUAAAAUUAGAGAUUAAAAUAGACACUAAUUUAAUAGGUGGAUUUACAGUAAAAAUAGGGUCUAAAAUUAUAGAUACCAGUUUAUCCGGUAAGUUAAAGCAAAUAGCUUUUUAUCUUAAUACAAAUUAA